UCUGAAGUUGUGGGGGCCGGGGGAGCCAUGGGGGCCACUGGCGACGCCGAGCAGCCGCGGGGACCCAGCGGGGCAGAGCGGGGCGGCCCCGACCUGGGCGACGCGGGCGCAGCGGGGCAGCUGGUUCUCACGAACCCUUGGAACAUAAUGAUAAAGCACCGGCAGGUGCAGCGAAGGGGCCGCCGCUCACAGAUGACGACAAGUUUCACAGAUCCUGCUAUCUCCAUGGACCUCCUCCGAGCUGUUCUCCAGCCUAGCAUCAAUGAGGAGAUCCAGACUGUCUUCAACAAGUACAUGAAGUUCUUCCAGAAGGCAGCACUGAAUGUGAGAGACAAUGUGGGGGAAGAAGUGGACGCAGAGCAGCUGAUCCAGGAGGCCUGUCGGAGCUGCCUGGAGCAGGCUAAACUACUGUUUUCAGAUGGAGAAAAAGUAAUACCCAGAUUGACCCAUGAACUUCCAGGGAUAAAGCGUGGCCGACAGACAGAAGAAGAAUGUGCCCAUCGAGGAAGCCCCAUUCCCAAAAAGAGGAAGGGACGGCCUCCUGGACACAUGCUGUCAAAUGACCGGGCGGCUGCCGGCAUGGUAUGGAAACCAAAAUCCUGUGAACCAAUUCGCCGAGAAGGCCCCAAGUGGGACCCAGCCCGGCUGAAUGAAUCUACCACCUUUGUCUUGGGAUCUCGAGCCAACAAGGCCCUGGGGAUGGGGGGCACCAGAGGGAGAAUCUACAUCAAGCACCCGCACCUCUUUAAGUACGCAGCUGACCCCCAGGACAAGCACUGGCUGGCCGAGCAGCAUCACAUGCGGGCAACAGGAGGGAAGAUGAUUGCACUCGUGGAUCACAACACUCUUCUACCAGACACAGCUAUAGAAUCUUCCCAACACAGUGAUCCAGGCAGCACCUCUUGUCAGUAGGAGUUAGCACAUGCAGUAAAACUUGUUUGCCACACCUAGCAGCCCUUUCCAGAAUCACCUCUGCUUAAAGAGUACUUAGCUUAUAUCAAGCAACAAUCUUGGGGAAAAUCAUCGCUGUGUGUGUUCUAAAAGUAGCAGGGUUUUGUUCAUCACAUGCAGUGUCUCCCACCUGAGGCCUCAGUCGCACCACUGUGACUGCACCUGUUAGAACUCAGUGGCCUUGCGAACCAGUAUGCCAUCUCCUUUCUGGCAAGGAAAAACCAUCUUCUUUUUAGUACUCUUCUUAUUCCUACCCCCUGUUUAAGAAGAUGUCAGGGAGCUUAGCACUGAUACAUAAAACGCAACAUAACAUAAAUAAGAAAUCGAUGGGAAAAAGGAAGGACAGGAUCUAAAGUUAAGCGAUAAGCAAGAUGAGCUUUAUUUCUUUUUUAAUUUUUAUUUUUGAGAGAGAAAGCAUGAGCAGGAGAGGGGCAGAGAGAGGGGGACAGAGGAUCCAAAGCAGGCUCUGCACUGAGAAGUAAGCCUGAUGCUGAGCUCGAGCUCACGAACCAUGAGAUCAUGACCUGAGCCGGAGUCGGAUGUUCAACCAACUGAGCCACCCAGGCGCUGCAAGACUAGCAGCUGACUUUUUUUAAUUUUUCUUAAUUGCUGACUUGAUAAACCAGCACACUUCCAUGGGUUUUCGCAAAUUUAGCUCUAGGCCCUUCUCAAGGACACCUCAUCUGUUAGAUAGUUCACAGUGCUCAUAAGGUGAAAACAGAUUCCUCAGGAGACACACAAUCCUGACCAUAAGAGCAGAAAGAACUGUCUCUCACAGAAGACUUUCUCAUGUGACGGAUGACAUCCCCUUUAUGGUAAGCUCAUGAGAGGGCUCUCUCCCACUGCAGACCGUGGCAUUGUGCCAAAGCUGUUCUGUAGGCCCCAGGACCACAGCAGUGUGUGCAGCUUCUCAUGUUUUCCCUUUUGCCAUGAAGUUCAAAACCAGAUUAUCUUCGUUCUUAGAGUUAACAUAUGGCUUCCUCCUCCUGAUUUCCUGUUUCCAUAUGUGUUUUGCUAGCUCUCUUGCCAUUUCAUUUUAAGCUACCUCAGAGGCCUUUUUUAAGAGGAAAGGGCCAUAAAUAAGUCACCAGUCCCACUCCCUAACCCAUAAAGUUUCUAUAUGUGUGAAAGGUGGUCUCAGGGCGCUGUUCCCCAGUCUCUCCCUACUCACUCUCCCCUCCUAAAUUGUAGAUCGUGCCCCUCUCCCUUCCAGACCUGACAGUAAGCACAUGUGUAAUCAAGUGUUGUUGAGUUGAAUUGAAUCAAAGGCAGUGACCACUCUCCUUUGCUCCUG